UUGUGAAGUAGUGGAACCUAGAAUAAGUUAAUAACACAAGGGGUGUUCGGUAAGCGCUUUAAAAUGCUGUAGGAUCUCUCUACAGUCCAGAUUCUUUCUAAAACACAUUUUUUUUCUAAUCAUGUUUUGUAAAAUGUUUUUAAAGUUACAGAUUUUUUUUUCUUUCUUGUUUAUUUUUGGGUGUAGAAAGCAAUAAAUCUAGAGCACAUAUUUUUGGUUUUAGAAAAUUUAUAUGUAAAUCAUUAAACUUUAAAAAAUCUACAACUAUAAUCUUACAACAAAAUCAUUUACCGCAACACAAAAAAGUCUACAGUUUUAAUGCUAUAGCAAAAAAAAUAUAAAGGUACAAUUCAUUAUAAUCAAACUCUUUAAUACAUGAAUGGUUAAAAACUUAAAAUCAAUGUAUUUUUGAAAUCGCUGCGAAUCUUAAAUUCUAGUUGAAAACAAAAAAACGACUCAAAUCAAAUUUAUUCGUUUAUCUUAGUUAUGACAACACAAAGAUCAUAUUUAGUAUGUCAGUUUCUAAAAUUAAUGUCUCUUAAAAAACAUCUUGAAUUUAAACUUCUAACUCAGAAAAAGAAUAUGACUCAAAUCUAAAUUUUUCAUUUAUCUUAAAUCUAAAUUCUUUACAUAUAAAAGGUAAAAACCAACGAUAAUACUAAAGCUGUAACUGGAUUGACCAUUUUUGGAAUGGAAUGCUUUGGAAUGAUCAAUUCCAUCAUUCCAUAAAAAAAUUUACCAUUUAACAUAAAUGGAAUGGAAUGGAAUGCUCAUUCCCAUCAAUUUCAAAAAUAUCUAUCCAAAAUACAAAGCAAAAUAUUUCAAAACAAUUUUGAUAAGGAAUAGAUGGAAUGAAUUCAUUCCAUUUUUCUACUGCAUUCCAUUCAUCUUAUUCCAUUCCUUUAUAUUUCAUGUAUUCCUUUUUUUAUUUACCAGUUACAGCCUAAAAGAUAAGUCUUAACCGAAAAAGAAAUAAAGCAAAACCAUUCACAAUGUUUAUCUUUAUAUACUUAAUAUAACUAAAAAAAUAUCUAGAAUGUUUCUAAAUACUUACUAUAAUAUUAAAGUCUUCUGUUAUUUUUGUCAUCCCUUAAAUUUUUCUGUUAUUUAAAAGGAAAUAAAUUAUUUGAUUCUAUCAACAGUUAUACAUUCCACGUUUCAACAAUGGAAUUAAAUGAACAAAUUAAGUAUAUGUUGACUCUUUUUUAAGAAAAGAAAAGAAAGACAAAAACCCUCCUCGGGGGGGGCUUUUAAAUGCAACGACCACCAAAGUCUCUCUCUCUCUCCCACAUCGUCACGCUCACUCACGCUCCUAUGGAAGAAAUCUCCUCCUCCUCCUCAUCAGAACCUCCUCCUCUCUUCUCCUGUUUCAUCGCUCUAUGCACUCUGAUUCUCAUCUACUCUCCUGAUGACUCCCUUCGAAUCUUCCUCUCCCCUGUUCUUCUCAUCUCCGGAGCCCUUCUCUUCUCUCUCGAACGCCUCGGAUCCACCCGAGAACCGCUUACCCGACCCGGGAAAAGCAAAGAACGAGAAGUUAAGACCGAAGAAGAAUCUGAUGUUUUGUUUGAUGUUUAUUCCUUGUCCGAAGCCAAACAAGAUUCCGACACAAGACACGAGUUUGUGGAGUGGGAUUUGAGAGCGCCAUUGGAGGUGAUUCACGAAGCCUAUGACGAAGACGAAGACGAAGAAGAGGAUCCGACCCGGUUUAGGGAACUCGAGAGGUACCCGUCGUUGUCGCUCUGUUACCCGGAAUCAGAUUCUGGAUCGGAUUCGGAUUCUUCUUCGGAGUUUACUUUUCCGGAGAUGAGUAGCUGGAUGUCGCCGGAGAAAAUGGGAUACAGGUGGGAGGAGGACGAUGGAGCAGCCGGUUUGAUAGAGAUUAAACUCGACGUUGAUGAGUAUAAGAAGAAGAAGAUGAGUAAACAGAAUCAAACAGAGAUGGAUUUUCAUGCAGAGGAGGAAGGUUUGAUCGAGAUCGAUCUUUCUCCAUGAUCAUGUGAAUUAUUAUUUUUAUUUUUAUUUUUUGCUUCCAAAUUCUAUAACAACUUCAAUGUUCUAAAAAAAAGGUUCCAUAACGAUUUUGCGGAUCAGAAAGAAAGAAAAAUCAACAGUAUGGAUUGGCUCAUUUCUAUACGAGUGUCAUGUAUUAUACAAUUUGUGUGAGGAUUAGUUCAAUUUUUGAACUUUUACAAAAGAUUCGAACUCUAAUUUUGCUACGGCGUUUGUGACAAA